GGCAUGACGUCAGGAAGACGUCAUUCCAGCCCAUAAUAUGCUGCCAUGCAUCCCAUAAUAUUCUGGAGUGAGGGAUGGUGGGAGGGCCGGGGUACCAGUGGUGCGUUAUGUCGGCCGCUGAUCGGCACGGACGAGAAAACGGUCCCGCAAAAGUCGCCUCUGCCGGGCCCCAUGAACUCCAAUCCGCAUCAAAUCAAGAAUAGGCUGCUACGGGCGAUCGACCAGGAUGCCAACAUUGUUGACAUGGAGGGAGUGUUGGAGGUGGUCAGUGCUCUGGAGAAGACCACGAUGACAAAGGAUGCCCUGGAGAAGACGCGUCUGGGGAAGUACGUGAACGAUGUCCGGCGUAAGACGAACAACGCUGACCUGGCCAAGCGGCUCAAGCAGCUGGUCAGGAUCUGGCAGAAGCUCAUCAUCGCCGGGGACAUCCAGGCACCAGACACGCCUAGCAACCAGGGAAUCAGUCCCAAGAUCGCCAUGACACGGCCGGGAAUCUCCCCCAAGCUCCCCGCCAAGCCGACCGAGGCUCGCCCCGGCUCCAGCUCCGGCUCCAGCGCAGUCCUAGAGAAAACAAAUUCCGCCAACCGCAAGCGAAGAAAACUCAGCACCGACACCGACGAGGGACCCAAACCCAAGCGACCGGCGACACCAAGCCAAGCUUCGUCUGUCGCAAUCAAUGGUCUCCCUCGCGACCGUGACAGCCCAGUCCCCAGCCCUCUCCCCACCUCUAGAAGAAACCACAGCCCCGCAGCCUCCUUAAACAGAAAACCGCAGAGUCCCGCCUUCGCAGAAAGGAGACCUGGAAGCCCCGCUAUAGCCAGUACCAAAGCUCGAUCCAACAGUCCUGCACUGGGGGUAAGAAAACUCGCUCCUGGUAGCCCUGCGGUAGCUGGAAGCUUAAGAAAGACAUCCAGCCCUGUCGCAAGCUUACGAAAAACCACCUCUAGUCCCAUUGGAGGCCCGAGGAAAACGUCUAGUCCUGUGGGAAGUGUGAGGAAAACUGCUAGCCCUGUUCAGUUUGUACCCAGUGGACAGUUACAGUUGUUACACGACAGCAAUACGUUUGACACCCCCCCACCUACCCCCGAUCUCACGUCAACGAAGUCCCUCCCCGCGAACGUUACAAGUGCCAGUGUUGGGUCUCCCAGACCGCCUCCCAGUUUAGCCGCGCCGACAGAGUUAGCAAACAGAGACAGAGUGGACACGAAAAAAGAGGAAGAACUGUCCCCACCCUCCUCCACUCUAGUACAAAGCAGCUCCGUAUCCCCAGUCAAAGUCCGGCUGUCCAGUACGUCAGAAACUUUUGGUGCUUCAGAACUUUCCGGUUCACAAACAUCCGGUGAGAAAACGGAAGGUAAGAAAAAGUCCAAAUCUUCCAAGAAGAAGGACAAGUCGAAGAACAACGAGCUGGUUGAGGAAUCUCCGGAGGAAAGUUCAGAGGUCAAACCUGCCAAGAGGGUCAAGCUGAAACAGCGGUCUUUGACCUUCGACCCGGUGACCCGACAAAUCGUGCCCAACGUGCCGCAGAGUCCCGCGGUGACGGUUUCAGUUUCGUACGACCGCGAUUUCGUGCCCAACUUGUCGGCGGCGGGGCGGCCAGGGUUUCCGGGACUGUCACAUGACUUGCAUCAGCCAAUGGCAGCGGGCAAGUCGCACAGUAUAUCUAAACCAAUCACAGACGAGGCUGCUAAGGAGCGAGAACUGAAGCGACAACGGGCGCUCGAGCUGAUCAAAGCGACAGAAGGCGAGCCGAGACCAGGGGUGGAUCGCCCGGUUUCCGACGAAGACUUACAGAGACUGAGUAGUGAAAAGUGGCCGGGCGUUAGCGGCUGUUUUGACGACAAUGGGGACUGGAGAGACUGGACCGAAUGCUGCGAGAAAGACUCAUUCGAAGACGGGGUGUUACAAGUUCUGCCUUAUGUCAUACUAGACUAGAAACUGUGAAAUAUUUUGUACAGUAGAUAUUUAUAUGAUGAUGACGUUGUGGUACAAAUGGUAAAAGUGAGAAGAGUUAUUUAAGUGAAUAGAGAGAACAUUUGUUGCCACUGUUCUUCCAACUUGUUUAGACUUUUCUGUACCACUCUCUCUCUUGUCAUGUGCCUAUAGAAAUACAACAUUAUACAUUUACAAAAUUUACAAUGGACAGGGUUCUAAAAUGUGAAAUACACCGGGACUAUAUUUUCUUGUUUUAUUUUACAAAUAGCAAUCACGAAUCCAAAGUCAAUGCCUGGAAAGAAAAGUUUCUUUGUAAUUGUUCACAGUUUUUGGAUAACUUACAUACAAUGAGGUGCUGUAACUUUACUCUCGUCUUUAUCAGAAGUUGUUACAUUUUCACAUAUGUAAGACAUUCUGGUAUCUUCUUUUAUAUCUCCUUUAUCUGUCGGCUAAAUGAUGCCUUGUUCCAAUUUGUGGAUACUACUUUCCAGAUGUUUUUUUUUUCAACCCCACCAAAGUGUUAAAUUUAUAUUCCACUUCAGUCAGUAUUUCUUUUGAAAAUGAUGUCUUGUUUCUUUAUCUAGGCACAGAAAAAAACUGUCAAAGGAUUUACAAAUUGUAUGCUAUGCAUUCCCACACUGUAAGCUGCACUUCUGUGUGAUUUUGUGACGGCAUUUUCUAUUCGCUUUCAUGGAAAUGUUUAAUACAACUAGUUCUGUAUCUGAUGCUGCAAAAGUUACUAUGAAUUCACAUUCCUUUCUAAGUUUAACUUCUCUGUACAUCUACCUAGAGUUUUUUUGUUUGUUUUUUCUAUAUCUUGGUCAGAAAUGCAAACUGAAAUGUACAGUUGUAAAGAAAACAAAGUAUGCAAAUGCAAUACACAUGAGUUUUGUUGUA